CUGUGUCUGCAUAUAAAAACCACCUGCAAUGUUUUCGAAUUGCCAGACGAGGGGUUACAAAGCUGACAGCUCGAUGGUCUAGAGUCAACAUUACGGCCAACCUCUGAUACUGUUAACGACAGCAGCGGUAUGUAGGCGCCCUGAAGCCAGUCUAACUUGAAACUUAUCCACAGCGCGUAUUUGAAACAUCCUCCGGCCUGUUAUUGCACACUAUGGCGGGGUACGUCGUAAUCGGCGCUUAUCUUUGCGCUGUCAUUGUCACUGGUUUCAUUGGCAACCUCAUUGUCAUUGCAGCCUUCUGUAAAUUCAAGAAGCUCCGGACGGCCAAUAAUUGUCUCAUCAUGAAUCUGUCCGGGAGUGAUUUAGCCAUGGCUAUAGUAGGUACUCCCAUGUCUUGCUCUAGUAGCUUUGCGGGGAAGUGGCUCUAUGGCGCAGCUGGGUGUACCUAUUACGGAUUUAUCAACUACUACUGUGGUUGUAUCUCACUGAACACCUUUGUGGUCAUAGCCAUGUAUAGGUAUGUUGUGAUCCUGAAACAUCGACCGAACCGAAGAAUAAGUAUCAAAACCAUACUGAAAGUCAUCGUUGCGGUGCAUGCAAUAACUUUGAUCUGCACCAUGCCUCCACUGUUUGGCUGGAAUGAGUUUAUUCUUGAAGGAUUCAAGACGCAGUGUGACAUUAACUAUCGCAAAAAAUCGCCUCUUUUUGUGUCCUACAUUGCCUUCAUGUUUAUAGUUUUGUUCACCACUCCACUCAGUGUCAUUGUUUAUUGUUACUGGCGAAUCUUCACUUUCCUCCGGAAGCGAACUGUAGAGCAGAUGUCCCAGUCCGUGUCCCUUCAGCUUCGGAGCUCCGCUCGGACCAUGGAGAAACGCACCACGGUCAUGAUGCUCGUUUGCCUAUGUUUUUUCCUGUCAGCCUGGACUCCUUACUGUAUCGUCUCACUCUGGAGCGUAUUUGGGGACCACCGAGAUAUUACUCCUGCCGUUUCAGCUGCUCCUGCUCUGGUGGCGAAGUCCUGUAUCGUUUUUAAUCCCAUCAUCUACGGAUUGAUGAGCCCACAGUUUAGGCGAUCGUUCCAGGUAAGACAGUGA